AUGAGUGGAGACAACAGCCAUAACCACCAGACCACCUCUGUCGCCGGAGGCACCAGUGCCACGCCGACUCCAGCCAACAACGUUGGUGGUGGAACAGGAUGGGGCGAUAGACUCUGGAUGGGAGGUAAAGAGCAGGGACUGGGUCAUGUAGAUGCACCUACAGGCCGAUCAACAAUGGGCGAGUUCCUUGGCUUGAAAGACCAGAAGUCGCGAGCCGAGAACAAGUAUUUCCAGCGUGCGGAAAUGGCUGAAGGCAACGAUCCCAUGAAUACCGCGGGAGAUCCGACAUGUGCCAGUGAAGACCAUAGCUUUAUGGGUCAAAAGCCGGGUGGCUCCGAAACUUUGCCUGGAUGGAACAAGAUCAAAGAGUUUGCCGGAGGGUGA